AUUUUUAACUGAUUAUAUUGAAAUUUUUAUUUUUUUUGGAUAUUAAUGUCGGUUUCAGCAAACGGGUUUAGGGUUUCGUUUAUAAAAACUAUUGCUUUGCAUGUUGAAUGUUGAAAAAUCGAUGCUUUUGAAGUGAAAAAUCAAGAAAUUGAACUCUUUUGUGGUAAAUUGGUAGAGAGAGAAAGAGUUAGCUGUAUUUCAUAGGCUCAUGAUGACAUCACAUGACAUGGAUCCUGAUGUUGUUAGAUGGGGCCUACAUCUUCUAGAUGUUUGCACAUUUCCACAUGGUCGAUCCCCUGGUGUCGUAACACGGUGUGAUCGCGAUUAUAGUCAAGUUCAAUAUGUUAGGGAAGGCUUCUUUGAGUAUUCAAAUGUUGAACAUGAUGAGGCUGUUGCACGUGCUUAUCAAGAAGAAUUAUCACAUCUUGAUUCCAUGGAAUCUUCCGGGAGGAUGAACUUCGAGAAUGACCAAGCGCGAGUAUCCAUAGAUGCGCAGGACUGGUUAUCUUCUUCAAACAGGAGCUAUAACUUUGGCGAUGAAUCUUACCAGAAUCCCGUAGAUGAGUCAUGUCAUAUGAAACGAGCGGAGGAUUGUGGUCCAAGUGAAAGGGAAAAUGAUGAGCAUGAAGUUGGGGUAUUUGGUUCGUCUUCUAGGUCAGGAGAGAUGCCUAUCAUUACUGAUGAAAUGUGGCGUUCAUUGGAAAUAUCGGAUGAGUCUUCUCUUGAUGGUGAAGUAGGCAAAAGAUUAAACCAGAUGGUUCCUAUUCCUCAUGUUCCUAAAACCAACAAAAACAUACCAUCUGACGACGAAGAAGUAUCAGAUCAUCAAAGGCUGCUGGACAGACUGCAGUUAUAUGAACUGAUUGAGUCUAAGGUUGAUGGAGAUGGUAACUGUCAGUUUCGUGCUUUGUCAGAUCAACUCUAUCGCUCUCCAAACCUCCACAAAUUUGUACGGGAACAAGUUGUUCAACAGCUUAAGUCCGACCCAGAUCUAUAUGCUGGUUAUGUUCCUAUGGCUUAUAGUGAAUAUUUAAAGAAGAUGAGCAGGAGUGGUGAAUGGGGCGAUCAUGUCACGUUGCAGGCUGCUGCAGAUUGGUAUGGCGUCAAAAUAUUUGUGAUUACUUCUUUCAAGGACACAUGUUACAUUGAGAUUCUUCCACAGAUACAGAAGUCCACAAGGAUAAUAUUUCUGAGCUUUUGGGCAGAGGUGCAUUACAACUCAAUUUAUCCGGAAGGAGAAAUGCCUUCAUCUUAUUUAAAGAAAAAGAAGAGAUGGUGGAACUUUGGCGUUUAGGAUCAGCGCACAAAUGGAUGCAACUAUUUCACGCGUCCGUUGCAGACAAUCUGACUAAAUUUUUGGCUCUUAAACCAUUGGUUCAUUAGUAUGACCGGCUUUGUAAUCAUUUGAGCUUUUAUUGCCAGCUGCGUUAUAUAUUUAUUUAUACCUUGACACUGCCAGUGCCCAUAGCUAGAGUUGGUUCCUCCCUCUUCACCUCCUUCUAUUCUUUUAUGUAUAUAAUAAUAAAAUAAUAACAAUAAUCUUUGUUUUCCUUGUACAUGAGUAUAUAGUUGUAUAUUUUGUGUCUAAGUUAGCUGCAUAUUAUUGUUUUAUUCACAACA